CUUGCCGUCUUGAAUCGAGCAGUUUUUGAUCGUGUUUGGCAACUCGUUUUUUUGUUUUGAUUUUUUUCCUGCAGUUUUCGUGGAGAAAAUAAACACAGCAAUCUCCCACUCGGUGGCAAAAUCGCUGAAGGUUUGUGCCGCUCCGCUGGGAGUCCCCUGGAGCAGAUCAAGAGCAGGUGGAAUCGUUCCGUUUGCUGGCACCGACGAUGAACCAGUUAAGUUAAAACCCGCGGAGUGGAACUUGCAGAACCGGAACCGGAAGGACAUACAGGGAUUUUUGGACCAUGAGGCAAGAACGAGGAUGGCGAACUUGCGUCGAGGCCGAAUGGGACCGAGCGGAUUAAGAUCGAGAAGAUGAUGUCCAAGAAGCAGUAGUGGAACCGCGUUAAGAUCGAGGAGAAGUACGUGCUGCACAUCAAGAACUCGGUCGAUUAUCUGGGUCGAUCGUUCCUGCAACAGCCGUACGACGUCGGGGUCAAUCUACGCAAAAGUGGUGCCACCGACCGGUGCUUGCUCCCGUAGGCUCACAUCCACACCUAAACCGGUCACACCAAGGACAUUUCUGCCAUCCAGUGGUUCCUCAAAAUCGGCCCACCUGUUGCUGUACUGCAGCAUGGACGACCGGAUCAUAAUCUUGAAGUGGGACACACGCAGUUUGGGCUCGGUCAUCACGAUCACCUUCGUCGAUGAUAACCGGCGCUUCAUGACAACCUCCGACCUCACCUCCGACAACGAAUGCUUGCGAGACAUUCCGGUGGACAUGGACACGCCGAUCCAACGAUGUACUAGAUGCCCGCAGGUCAGCCUAUCCCCGAACGGCUAGUGGCUCGCCUUCCAGAGCUUGGAAAACAAGAAUUGUCGUGCUUCUCCAGCUCCUCGCGCAUACUGUUGGCCACACGGGUGCGUCCAAUGGAGGUCCGCUGUUGAAUCUGGACUUCCGCGAGGACAUCACCAAAAGGAACAGCUUGCCAGCACCGGUGCUGGCGGAAUUUAACAAGGGGGCCAUUCCAUAGCCACCGGCACUCAUCGAAGGGACCAUUCCGCGCAACAAAGAUGACCCAAGUCCAAAGAUCUGCAAAGUGCUGCUGCAGUUCCGUCUGUGCCAAGGUGCCGACCUUCCUAAAGUUAAACAGGGCCAAGUAAAUUCUGCACUUCACCGAUCCGUACUUCACAUACCUCUACCUCUCGCUCAAGACGAUCCACAGUCCGGCUUCGUCAAGCACCGAAAAUGCUGCAACACGAUCACGGACAACUUUAAGAUCAAGCGCUGGACGCACCCAACCAGCUGGGCAGUAUUCCGAGAAAGAAUCGAGCAGCUUUCAAUAAUGGUGGCAACUCCAAGCUGGACGUUC